UAUUAGCUUAAUAGCUAAAAGUAUUUAUUAAUUUUUUUUACAGAUAAAUUAAAUUAAAUAAAUUGAUUUUCAUAAAAUUUAUACCAAAAAUUAAUAAUGCAUUCAAUAUCGUUGAUCUCAUUGUCUAUUGUUGUGGUCGUAAUGGCCAUCAGUUUUACGGUCAAUCAAUGCGAUCCUAUCACUAGUGAGACUGUUAUUCAAAAAUUAUGCGAUUUAACCGAUUGUACAACAAAAAUACCGAAAGUCCGUAAAUGUGUGUCCCGUCUGAGACUAAAACCAUAUACUAUAGAUGCUGUCAACAGUAUAAUGACAAUAGCAGGCAAUGUGUCUACCAGUGCCACACCUGAUGGCUGUUUCAAAAGAGUAAACAAGUGUCCAGUAAUGGCAUCACUAUUGUCGCCGCCGGGCAAACAAAAGUUGUAUAAAAUUGACAGAUGUUUGGUUAACUGUUAAAACAAAAAAAAAAUAAUUGAUAUAUAUAUAUAUA